AUGGAUCGCCUUCCGGAUGAGAUUCUCCUUCUAAUUGUUGACAAUAUCGUCUUGUUUAAGGAUAAAUACCAGUUCCUCCUGGUUUGUCGCCGUUGGCGGUCCGUCCUCUUCAAGGCAGUCUACGACUAUGUUUGGAUUGACGGAUUCCAGAUUCGCCCUCUUCUCCUGGCCAUUCAGGAGAACCCCGCGAUAGGAUCUUCCAUCAAAGAUUUCAGGUUAGAAUGGUGGUCCGGAGGUGCAGGGGAUAAGCAAAAUCACGAUAUUACUUCUGUUCUACCGCUUGUGAAUCGGAUCAGCCAAUCAGAGGAGGAAACGAAAGAAUGGAAGGAAGCUUUGAUAGAGGGCAAUGAAGAUGCAUGGCUUGGCCUACUGUUGUCAUCAUCCAUGGAGAACAUGACCGAAUUGUCAGUGGGUUAUACGUGGGAUCUCAAAUUCUUCCAUCGAGUUAUCUCACGUGCCGCAAUACGUGAGAAGCCAUUUGACACGAUGCCAAUCCUACAGCGAUUGGACAAUAUUUAUAUGAUCUCGGACGACCAUAAAGAGUUUUGGCCCCAGUUCGAGUUUCUCCCUUUUUUCCACCUCCCAUCUCUGCGGUCUGUGAGGCUGGAGAAUGUGGUUGAGUCUGUGGGUGAUCGAAUUGAUCACCCAGCUUAUAAACCUGCUAAGGGAACAUCUCCAGUGACCGAACUAGACCUCGGUGCAUAUCCUAAUGGCAGUAAGGGCAUGGCGGACUUCAUCACAUCAUGUGCGAAUCUCGAGAAAUUCAAAUAUCAACACUCGAAUUCGGUGAUAUUUGCAGAACAAUUCAUGAAUUUCCGUCCUCGGGCAUUCUAUUUUGCGCUUUGUACGCAAAAGCACAGCUUGCAGGUCCUUUAUCUGAACGACAGAGGGGAGACGAAGGAGUCCGGGCUUGACGAGGAUGUGGGAAAUGGUAAUCCGCCUCCAAUCGACUGGUUCGGGUCAAUGGCGGAUUUCACUAAGCUAUGGGAUCUCCGGAUUCCCGUCGCCACACUGCUGAAUUUCCACUUGAGUGAUGACCGACCAAGAGUAUCGUCGCUUAAAGAGAUCUUGCCGCCUAGUUUGAAAUACCUAGCUAUGACACAUUUUGAAUCCUCUCAGACGGAUCAAGUCAUGUCCAAUCUGUUGGAAGUGGUGGCUUAUCGGAAGGAGAAGUUUCCGCAUCUCGAGGAGGUGGAAAUCCAGACGUGUUGGUCGAAUCUUCAUGCAAGUUCAUCUGCCAAAGAGGCCUUUACGCCACUGAUUCAAGCUGGUGAAGAUGCGGGAGUCGAUAUACUUGUGUUUCCUUCUUAUUACAGGCAGAGGAGAGGAUAG